AUGGAUCACGCCCAAAAACACGACGAGCCACAUUUGAGGACAACAGCGAGCAUUAUAAAGGAAGUGGGACUCUCUCAUACCACCCGAUUCCCCCCACGUCCAGGCUAUGGAAUUUCGGGAGUCCCUACUGUUCUACGAGCCAAUUACUUUGAGUUGACGCUGGAUCCUGACCUCCGCCUGUAUCGGUACAACGUCGAAAUUUGUCCACCAGCGAAUGGUAUGGCAAGCAGAGCUCGGCUGGCCCCAAUACCGAAGCGUGUCAUGCUCUCCCUGUUACGGACACACUUUUACCAGGAACAAUCCAAUAUUGCGACUGAUGGCCACCAAACCUUUAUAUCGAGGCGUCGUCUUGAUAUUCCCGAUCAGCCCCUACGUGUCUGUUCCGAUACAAACGAUACCUACCACCUCCGGGUUCGAUAUACCGGCACCCUCGCAUCAGACGAACUUGUGGCUCAAUCAACAUCGGGCAACAGAGAGGAGAGGAUGGUUUGUCAAACACUACCUGCCAAAGACGAAUUCAUUCAAGCGCUUAACAUCAUCGUCGGCCACUAUCCCCGGUACGCCUCUUCGCAGUUUGUUUCAGUGGGCUCCAACAGGCACUUCGACAUAAACGACAGGCCAAUCAGCCUGGGAGCCGGCCUGAACGUCUUGAGGGGCUUAUUUGUGUCGGUUAAAGUCAUCGAUAAUCGGUUAUUGGUAAACAUCCAACCAAAGUAUGCUGCAUACUACGAGGCGCAGCGCCUCGACCGGCUAAUAGCGGCAUUUUUGCGCGACAAGGGCCCCGAUAUGGGCCAGCUAGCAGUGUACCUUCGAGGCCUGCGCGUUCAACUUCUUCAUCUCAAAUCGAAGAUGAGGGGCCGGAGAUCUCUGCCACGGAUCAAGACAAUUUUCGGGCUGGCAAUGCCCGGGGACGGGAGGAACUUGGCCUAUCCUCCCAUCGUGCGCCGUCCUGGUGGCGGAGCUCAAGAGGUCCUGUUCUUUCGACAGAAUAACUCGACCUCACAACCCCGGAUGAGAAGUCCAACGCAAAGGAAAAGCCCGAUAUCGGAAGGCUAUAUGACAGUGUCAGCGUAUUUUCAGGAAGCACAUGGGGUUAUCCUCCACGAUCCGUACCUCCCUGUCGUCAACACCGGGAGCCAGGCCAGUCCAUCAUAUCUCCCUCCAGAGGUGUGUUGGGUUGUGCCUGACCAGCUGUCGCGAACUCCACUCAGUCCUUUGCAUACUCGUCAAUUGCUUCGGUUGAUCGAGGGUAAUAGCGGCAAGGAUCGAACCUUGAGAGAAAACAAGAGCUGGGACAGUCGGCAUUGGCAACAAGGGCUGACAAGGAAGAUCGAACGACUAUUAGGGCCGCCUGAUGGUGUGGCAUGCUUGCGUUCUUUCGGAUGCUCCGUGAAUGAAACCAUGAUCACUGUACCUGCCCGCACACUCUCCGCGCCGGCGGUGCAUUAUGGUCAUGGAAAGAAGAUCCUGACUCAGGCAGCCACAUGGAAUCUGCAAGGGGUCCAAUUCUUGACACCAGCACGCGUCAGAUGCUGGACUGUCAUGUCGAUCUUGAACCAUAAGCCAAGGGCAAAAUAUGAUCCACGGUUGGUAGAACGCGCCCUGGCUGGAUUUCGCGACAAAUUAAUCGCCCUUGGCAUUGCAGACUGCCCACCCCACGAACCCGGCGUCGAAGUUGACAUGUCAGCUUGGGGGACCUACCAGGAAGGCCCUUGUGGUCCGCGGGAACAAAUGCACAGAUUUCUCCGUUCUUGGGGUGGUCAGGCCCGGCAAAAUGAACCCAAGUCCUUUUUCAUGCUAGUCUCUCUUCCAGAGCCAGACGAGACUCUUUACAGUCUGAUCAAGUACCUUUGUGAUGUCCAGUACGGUAUUCCUAAUAUUUGUGUUGUGGGGGAGAAGCUCAUCCGCGCAAACGAUCAGUUUCUCGCCAACCUCGCCCUCAAAGUCAACCUAAAACUGGGGGGCUGCAACCACAUCCCCAAGAGCCUUGGCACAAACCUCGAGCGAACGAUGGUGAUUGGGAUUGAUGUGUCACAUCCAACGCAAGAGCCUAGCCCCUCCAUGCGACAUUCAGCGCCAAGCGUGGCGGCCAUGGUGGCCUCUGUCGAUGGCGGAUCCCUGUCCCAGUGGCCAGCUGCGGUGGCUGUGCAGGAGUCAAGGCAAGAGAUUGUGACUGGUAUAGACCGGCUACUGAGGUCGCAGCUACGUCUGUGGCAGGAACACAACAAUGGCACUCUGCCAGAGAACAUCCUGAUCUACCGCGACGGCGUGUCGAACUCGCAAUACAAAGCCGUCCUCGACAUCGAAUAUACCCUUCUCCGCAAAGCAUGCGAUGAAAUAUACUGUCCUGGGAUAGAGGCGAAUUCCCACCAUCCUCAUGGCUGCAGACCCGGUCGAAAACCGCACAUAUCGAUCGUGAUAGUGGGAAAGCGCCAUCAUACGAGGUUCUACCUAGAUCAGGCAGGUCGGGGGAGACAGAAUCCCCGCAAUGGCACCGUUAUCGAUCGUGGAGUGGUCGACGAUGGACUAUGGGACUUUUACCUCCAGUCGCAUACAGCGGUGCGCGGUACUGCCCGGCCUUGCCACUAUGUAGUCAUUUACGAUGAAAUCUUUCGACGCGCUCCAGACGGAGAUGACGGUUUGUCUCUUGUGGCGGAUGAUCUGCAGACGUUAACGCACGGGCUGUGCUACGGAUAUGGUCGGGCAACCAGGGUGCCUAGUGUGGUUCCGCCAGUGGUCUAUGCAGAUCUGGUUUGUUCCCGUGUGCAAUGCUAUCUCAACUACCUUCGAGACCAGGGGCAAGAGGCACCUGAUCGGGUUGACCUCCAUCCUGCUGUUCGAGAUACCAUGUUCUAUAUUUGA